GCCGCUGGGAACGGGCUCUGCAGAGGGAGCGGGAGCCGGGCGCGGCAGCGGCGGGCGGAGGGAGGAAGUGAAGCGUAAUUUGAGGAAGAUGGAUGAGUCCGGAGGGCGACACCCCCAGCCCGCCCGCUCGCCCGCCCCCUCCCUCCUUAUGAGAGAGAGGGAGCGCGGCACCGGAGCCACACUGCGCCGAGCCCGCGCCCCGCCGCCACCUCGGCCCGGGAGCCAGGGAGCGAGCCCUGCGUGUCCGCGUGGGGCGCCCGAGCCGUGGGGCGCCCGGCGGCGCCCGGAGGGGAGCGCCCCGGGGCAGCCACAGCUCCGGGCACGAUGCAAAGAGCCGGUGGCGGCGGCGCCCCCGGGGGCAGCGGCGGGGGCCCGGGCACUGCCUUCUCCAUCGACUCCCUGAUCGGGCCGCCGCCGCCGCGCUCCGGCCACUUGCUCUACACUGGCUACCCUAUGUUCAUGCCCUAUCGGCCGCUCGUGCUGCCGCAGGCGCUGGCCCCCGCGCCGCUGCCAGCCGGCCUCCCGCCCCUCGCCCCGCUAGCCUCCUUUGCUGGACGCCUUACCAACACCUUCUGCACGGGUCUGGGCCAAGCCGUGCCCUCGAUGGUGGCUCUGACCACCGCGCUGCCCAGCUUCGCGGAGCCGCCUGACGCCUUCUACGGGCCCUCGGAGCUCGCCACCGCUGCCGCCGCCGCCGCCGCCACUGCCGCCCGAAACAACCCCGAGCAGGGCAGCCGACGCCCGGAGGGCGGGUUGGAAGCCGAGGAGCUGCUGCCGGCCCGGGAGAAAGUGGCAGAGCCCCCACCGCCCCCGCCUCCACACUUCUCAGAGACUUUCCCAAGUCUGCCCGCAGAGGGGAAGGUGUACAGCUCAGAUGAGGAGAAGCUGGAGGCACCAUCAGGAGACCCAGCAGGCAGCGAACAGGAGGAAGAGGGCUCGGGCGGUGACAGCGAGGACGACGGUUUCCUGGACAGUUCUACAGGGGGAUCGGGGGCUCUUCUGGGACCUAAACCGAAGCUAAAGGGAAGCCUGGGGACUGGAGCUGAGGAGGGGGCACCAGUGGCAACAGGGGUCACAGCUCCUGGGGGGAAAAGCCGAAGGCGCCGCACAGCAUUUACCAGUGAGCAGCUUUUGGAAUUGGAGAAGGAGUUUCAUUGCAAGAAAUACCUGAGCUUGACAGAGCGUUCCCAGAUCGCCCACGCCCUCAAGCUCAGUGAGGUGCAGGUCAAGAUCUGGUUUCAGAAUCGACGGGCCAAGUGGAAGCGCAUCAAAGCUGGCAAUGUGAGCAGCCGUUCUGGGGAGCCUGUAAGAAACCCCAAGAUUGUUGUGCCCAUCCCUGUGCAUGUCAACAGGUUUGCUGUGCGGAGCCAGCACCAGCAAAUGGAGCAGGGAGCCCGGCCCUGAGUGGGCUCCCAAGGACGUAGGAAGGCAAAGGGUCUGUACCUGAGUCUGCUCUGAGACCGGCUUAGGGUUCUGUAGACCAGAGGGGCUACAUCUGUGAUUCUGCUCUGGGAGAGGGGCUCAGCUACCAGUUAACUUAGCCCUAGGUGUGCCCCCCAGACCCCCCUCCCAAACUUGAGAUGUAGGCACUUGGCCCUGAGCUUAUUCCAGAAACCUUCAGGACUAGGGGCUUCAGGGUUAAAGGGGCUUGGGUUCUAAUUGCUGAGGAGCUGUUGGGACUGAAGCGGACUCCUGGGGAGGGGAUGGGGAUACAUAAUGCCUUGGGCCUGAACGGUUCUGUGGCUAAUCCCCUGAAACAGCUUGAUGAGUGUGGAGGAAUCCAGGGUGAUACCCAGCCAAGUAGGUCACAGCUCCUUAUUUAUUUUGUGUAAAGUUUGUAUAUAUGGAGCUAUCUGUCUCUGUCUGCACCCCUGAGAGGGAUUGGGAAAGUUCUGUUUCCUCAAUCUUCAGCCACAGUUUGUUCCAUCCUACUGCUCUGGGGUGGGACCAUCUUGCCUCUCUAGUACACGGACAUGCAAAGAAAUGAAAUGGAAGUCACUAGCCUCAGUAGGAAUUCUUCAGCAAUCCCUUCUCCCCCCAUGUAAACUACCUCCACUCCUGUGCAUUUCCACUUGGUACUGCCCACUGCUCCUGCCUGUAUGCCUCAUGCUCCUAACAUGCCACUUCUGCUCCCUCUGCCCAUUAA